AUGAAGUCCACCACGUUCGCUCUCGGCGCUCUCCUCGUCUCGGUCGUCAUGGCGCAACCUCAUCGUCACAAACACAUGAAGAGACACAACAAGAAGCGUGAUAUUUACUGGGUCACCGACUGGGAUUAUGUCGUCGAGACGGUCGCGAUUACCAAAACCAUCUGGAUCGAAGACGGUGCUCCCGUCCCCACAAACGUCCCCGAGGUCCCAGCCUCCCCAGACGUCCCCGAGGUCGCAGUUUACCCAGUCGUCCUAGACGUCCCAGCCUUCCAAACCACUUCGUCUCCUCCAUCUCCCUCCGCUCCAGGCACUACCCUCUCCUCCGUCUACGGAACCCCUACUCCGGUGGCCCCCGUGUACCCCAUUGUUGCACCUGUCGAGAAAGCACCAGAGCCUACCCCUACUCCAGCCCCCGCUCCAGCCCCCGCUCCAGCUCCGGCUCCCGCUCCGGCUCCGGCUCCAGCGCCAGUUGUAGCCCCGGUCAAAGUCGCCCCGGUUCCAGUCCCAGUCGAAGCUCCGGUCUACGUCGCUCCGGCUCCAGUCGAGGCUCCGCCCCCCGCCUACGUAGCCCCCGCUCCGGUGAACACCCCGGCACCUGCUUACGUCCCCGUCCCCGCUCCCGCUCCCGCUCCGGUCGCCGCAGACGCCGUCCCUCCUGUCGCUGAUGAUUCUGCCCCAGCUGGAUCGACCGGCGGCGGAGUCUGUUCAUCCGGCAGCCCGUGCGGGGGAGACAUCACCUACUUCGAAGCAGGCUUGGGCGCUUGCGGUUGGACGAACAACGGAAGCGUGGAGAAGGUCAUCGCUCUCCCGCACGGCAUGAUGGGUACCCAAUCCAACGGGAACCCAUUCUGCGGCAAGACCGUCACCAUCAAGCUCGGCCCGAAGACCGUGCAGGCCAAAGUCGUCGACAAGUGCAUGGCCUGCAAGGACAAGGAUAUCGAUCUUUCCAACGCUGCAUUCGAGGCCCUGGCCGACUUUGCGGUCGGUCGUACCCAAGCCGUGUGGUGGUUCAAUUAG